AAAUACAUAUUCAUGUGAAUAAGUGCAAGCCUUCCUAAUAGUAAUUUAUUCACGGCCAUUAGCUCCUCAGGUGUUCUUCACGUUGCACAGGUGUUCACUUAUGACACCGUAAUGCAAGGGAACUCAGUCACUUUACCCCUAGCUAUCACUGCCGACGUGUUAGCUGAAUUUCUUCUCCCUUUUUUAUAAUUUCUGUUAAUUCUGUGUCUCUAUUUUUGUCUCUUUGAAGUGAAUUUCCACCAAUGGAACUCGUCUGCUUUUCAAAAUGCGUGAACUAUUGAUUUCGACAAUACGAUUGCUAAGAAAAGAAAAGGACAGCAGGUUAUAUUAAUGUAUUGUAAAGGCCUAAAGACUAUAUAUAUUUGGAGGUAAAUAACCACAAAUGCUCACCGUAAAGUGCCAUUCAAAAGUUUCAAUUAAUAUUAUUUAAAAGACAAUGACAUUUUACGACAAGAGAAUGCGAUAUAAAUUGUACAAAAUGCUAUAAUAAAAAAUAGAAAAUCAUAACCGUAAUAAUAAAUAUAUAAGAGAAUAAGAUAAAGAUUAAAGGAAAAUGCUAUCAGCAAUAGACACAGGCAAGUGGAAUCAGCUGAUGAGAAAAGCUGGGGUUUAUUUCCCAUGGAAGAAAGUGCGGCUCAUUGCUCUGGUUUUGGUCAGUUACUUAGUCGCCAGCUCCAUUUUCCUAGAAGACCUUGGCUCUCCGUCUCCCCCUCCUUCGCCGGGCGUGGAGUGGCCUCGCGCGGCCCCCGAGCCCCGGGCCAACGACACCCUUUGCCAGUGCAGGUUUUCCCUAAGGCAGAAUGGGUCCUCCUCAAGCGAGGCCGCCCUCGACGGCGCCCCUGCGACAGGCACGCCCAAUGUGGUUCUGAUGAGUUCGAUGGCCAGGAGUGGGUCGAGCUUCCUGGGCGGCCUGCUGAGCUCGCUCCCCGGAGUCUUCUACUUCUUCGAGCCUCUCCACAACAUCGAGCACUGGCACAUGCUCUCGCCGGCCACCGCCAGGGACGGCCUCCGGGGCCUGCUCACCUGCAACAUCACCGGAGCCAUCAGGAAGGCCGUGAGGACGCGGGGGAAGUACACCGUGUACCACCCGUACACACGGCGCUGCGCCACCAAGGAAGCCUGCUUCAAUAGCCUCCUGGACGAGACAUGUCGCAAGGAGAAAUUCCGGGUGGUGAAGACCAUCCGGGCCCGAGUCUCCUGGCUGACCUCGCUACUGGAUGACCCCGAGGUCGACCUCCGAAUCAUCCACCUCGUGAGGGAUCCCCGAGGGUCAGUCAUCUCGAACUGGAAGGCCGACUGGGCGCCCAUCUCGGAGGCCACGAGCUGUCAGAAUCUGCUGUCCGAUCUGCGGGACGGCGCCCGCCUUCGGAGGCAGCGACCCGGCAAGUUUCUGACUGUACGUUACGAGGACCUUUGUCUUGAUCCGCGGUUGAUGGCUGAAGUAAUAUUGUCUUUCCUCGGCUACUCGAAGCUUCCGCAACCUACUGCUACCUACCUGGAUAAACAAACGAAAACGACAAGAGACACGAAAACCUACAGCCUCAAGCGAGACACGAAGAGCCAGCAGCAGAAAUGGCGGACGACCAUAACCGACGAGGAGUUUGCCAGGAUUGAGAAAGCCUGCGCUGCCUCCAUACUCCUCCUCGGGUUCAACCUCUUCGGGAGUGUGGAGGCAGCCAGGAACCUCUCGCUCCCACUCUACAACAGCUCGGCCGACCACCGGGCCUUCGACCAUCGCUUCUGCCUCCGGGAGUGAGUGGAGCGGGGAAAGGUUCAUCGCAAAUGGAAGCUGGAAGCGAAACGAAUAAAAUUUUGAACGGUGCCCACUCA